UCUUAUGUGCACAGUCCAUGAUACAAAUUUUUAAAACCGUUCAUUCAAAGCCCCACAAGUCUCUUGGAGCCCGACGUGAGGAAUCUUACUUUCCGGACUUUGGGUCAAAUUUAUAUACAUUUUGUAGGCUCCUCAUCCCAUAAAUCGGUGCCACUCUUACAUCUGGUGACAUGGAAGCUUUAAAUCUACUGUUCCUUUCUCUGCUGUGCACCCUCUUUGUGUACCAGUGCCAUGGAGCCUGUGCAGAGGUGGACUCGGACACUGAGGCGGUGGCUGGCAAAGGGUUCAAAUUAGGCUGUAUCUCCUGCAAGAUGAGGAGCGAAGUGGAAGGUUCUGCUACCAUUGACUGGUACUUCCAGCCUAAAGGACAGAAAGUAUUUAACCUUAUAUACAGUUACGACGAGGACGGCCCCUCCAUUAAAGAUGAACACUUUGAGGAACGCGUGGACUGGAACGGCAGCAAGAGGGGCAACGACAUCCAGGAUGCCUCCAUCUAUGUCUUCAAUGUCACCUUCAACGACACAGGCACCUACCAGUGUGACUUCAACCGCAUUCUCACCUACCAGAACUACGAGUACCACACUAGAGUCAGGAAAUUUGUGCACCUCACUGUAGUGGCAAAAGCCACCAGAGGAACCGCCUCCAUUGUUUCCGAAGUGAUGAUGUACGUGUCAAUCAUUGGCCUCCAGGUCUGGCUCCUCAUAGAGAUGAUAUACUGCUACAGAAAGAUAUCAGCAGCGGGAGAGGAAGCGUUACGAGAAGCCGCAAAUGCUGAAUAUUUAGCAAUAGCUUCGGAGAGUAAAGACAACUGUGCAGGUGUACAGGUCGGGGAAUGAUACAGGCUCAAUCCUUGAACUGACCGUCUUUCAGCUCUUGGACUGCAUGAAGACAUCAUUAUAAAAACUCUUUCUCAAGUCUGCACAGAGGACAGAUGGAUAUGACAUACAAAGGAAGCAUGGUACCAGCACUGUACAUAUAAUAGCUCCCAAAAGCAUGCACUGCACUUAUGUUAUUAACCAUUAUGCAUCAUUGAGCCUCACUGUUUAAAGUAAAUGUAUAAAGUAUUUGCAGUACUACAUUUGUAUAAAAUAAAAGUGGCACUAUGAUAAGAGUCUGUUUGACUCUUGGUGAUUGAUUGUUAAUGAAGGCUU